AUGUCCCAAGACUCUACCUCCAGUACUUAUCGUCGUCCAAUUUUCUCUGGCCAAGUUGCAAUGGCUUAUGCAGUCAGAACAUUACUUUCUUGGCAUACAUUGACAAUGUCGCUUAAAUGUCUUUUUGCAAUCUUUCUGGCGAGCAAUGCAUAUCCAACGCUGCAAAAAGAUGGCACAGCAAAUUACAACGUAAAAACGGAAUCAGAAUUACAUCCCAUUCCUCUACCAGUAUUUCCCGAAACUUCGUCACUUCCUGAACCUGAAACUUUAACACACAUGAAAGUUCCAGAUGACUCAGAACGUUAUCCUAGUUUUCCACCCUUAUUUCCUGAAACUUCGUCACCUCCUGAACCUGAAACUUCAACACACAUGAAAGUUCCAGAUGACUCAGAACGUUAUCCUAGUUUUCCACCCUUAUUUCCUGAAACUUCGUCACCUCCUGAACCUGAAACUUCAACACACAUGAAAGUUCCAGAUGACUCAGAACGUUAUCCUAUUUUUCCACCCUUAUUUCCUGAAACUUCGUCACCUCCUGAACCUGAAACUUCAACACACAUGAAAGUUCCAGAUGACUCAGAACGUUAUCCUAGUUUUCCACCCUUAUUUCCUGAAACUUCGUCACCUCCUGAACCUGAAACUUCAACACACAUGAAAGUUCCAGAUGACUCAGAACGUUAUCCUAGUUUUCCACCCUUAUUUCCUGAAACUUCGUCACCUCCUGAACCUGAAACUUCAACACACAUGAAAGUUCCAGAUGACUCAGAACGUUAUCCUAUUUUUCCACCCUUAUUUCCUGAAACUUCGUCACCUCCUGAACCUGAAACUUCAACACACAUGAAAGCUCCAGAUGACUCAGAACGUUAUCCUAUUUUUCCACCCUUAUUUCCUGAAACUUCGUCACCUCCUGAACCUGAAACUUCAACACACAUGAAAGCUCCAGAUGACUCAGAACGUUAUCCUAUUUUUCCACCCUUAUUUCCUGAAACUUCGUCAUCACCUGAACCUGAAACCUCGUCACAACUGAAAUUACCAAGUGAUUCAGAACGUCAUCAUAUUCCUUCACUGAUAUUUCCUGAAACUUCGUCAUCACCUGAACCUGAAACCUCGUCACAAAUGAAAUUACCAAGUGAUUCAGAACGUCAUCAUAUUCCUUCACUGAUAUUUCCUGAAACUUCGUCAUCACCUGAACCUGAAACCUCGUCACAAAUGAAAUUACCAAGUGAUUCAGAACGUCAUCAUAUUCCUUCACUGAUAUUUCCUGAAACUUCGUCAUCUCCAGGUCUUGAAAAAUCGACACAUAUGGUCAUACCAAGUGAUUUCAGUACGAAUUACGACAUUAGAACAGAAUCAGAAUGGAAUUCAUAUGCUAAGCAAUUCAGUGUUUUACCUUAUUUCCUGAAUCACCCCCUCCUGAGACGCUGA